AUGAUCCUGUCAUCAACGUUCUACGUCGUACUGGUUAUCGUCAAUACUGCUAUUCAUACCGAAGGAACAUCUGUAUCCCGGUCAUUUUCUUCAUUCAUCAUCCACUUUAAUAAUACCAUUUGUAAAGUUCAGGAUGGUGUUCUCUCGAUCAAUAAUAAAGUGAUUGGUAAUUUAACGGAGCAGCAGAAAAAGGAAUUGGAAAUGUUCACUAAUCGAACGGAUCAGUGGUCCAGUCAGUUGCAUCAACGCAUCCAAGAGUUUUUUGGAAGAGUUUUUGGAUCGGUGAAGAGCAUGUGGGAUAAUGCAUUGAAUUUUCGUUCUCAGCUCCCGCAAGCAUCCAUGUCAGACGACAUUACCACGGGGAAUAAACUAGAAAAUCAGGGAGAUGAUGAUCCUUCGAUUUUUAGUGUCUUGGACCCACCAUCAUUUUGUAAAGUUAAUUGA